GUGACCAAGUAUGGAGGCGUCGGCGAGGAAGAGCGUCAUUCGGCGAAAACACUGAGGCUACGGUGGUGUUGGCAUCGAGCGCACGACAAACCAGGGGGAAAAAAAAACAGGCAGCAGGCACCGGGUCCCCCCUACAGAAUCAUAUCUCGCAUUGUUGUGAAAUGAGGGCAACAUGGGCGCCAAGGAGUCGCGGAUAGGGUUCCUGUCGUAUGACGAGGCCGUUAAGAGAGUUACCGAUGUCGAGCUCAAGCGGCUGAAGGAUGCUUUCAGGAGGACGAGCGGCCUGUCCUGCUACAUGACCCAGCAGUGCUUCUUCAGAGAGGUGCUGGGAGAUGGGAUGCCGCCUAAGGUCGCAGAGGUAAUCUACAACUCGUUCGGAGGAACUUCGAAAGGCCUACAUUUUAACAAUCUAAUUGUGGGACUGGUUCUACUGACAAGAGGCCGAGAUGAAGAAAAAGCCAAAUAUAUCUUCAGCCUGUUUGCCAACGAAUCGGGCAGCUAUGUGGUGCGGGAGGACAUGGAGAGCAUGCUGCAAGCCGUCGACGGGGAAGUCCCGCCCUCGCUCAGGAAGUGCUUCACAGAGGGAGAGAGAGUGAACUACGAGAAGUUUAAGAAUUGGUUGCUCCAAAACAAAGAGGCUUUCACGUUCUCCCGCUGGCUGCUGUCCGGCGGCGUGUGCGUCACCCUGACCGACGACAGCGACACGCCCACCUUCUACCAGACUCUGGCCGGGGUCACGCACUUGGAAGAGUCCGACAUCAUUGACCUGGAGAAGCGCUACUGGCUGCUGAAGGCUCAGUCUCGGACAGGCCGGUUCGACCUGGAGACAUUCCUCCCCCUGGUCUCGCCCCCUAUCCACACCUCUCUCAGCGAAGGAUUGUUUCAUGCCUUUGAUGAAAACCGUGACAAUCACAUUGACUUCAAGGAGAUCUCCUGUGGGCUUUCAGCAUGUUGCAGGGGGCCUCUGGCUGAGAGGCAGAAGUUUUGUUUCAAAGUGUUCGAUGUGGACCGCGACGGCGCGUUGUCCCGCAGCGAGAUUGAGGAAAUGGUUGUCGCCCUGCUGGAGGUGUGGAAGGACAACCGCACCGACACCGUUCCGGAAUUGAACUCUGACGUGUCUGACAUUGUUGACGACAUUCUGAAGUUACAUGAUACUACCAAAUUGGGACAUCUGACCCUGGAGGAUUAUCAGAUUUGGAGUGUGAAGAGUGCGCUUGCCAACGAGUUUCUCAACCUGCUCUUUCAGGUGUGCCACAUUGUCCUUGGCCUGAGACCUGCCACCCCAGAGGAGGAAGGACAGAUUAUUAGGGGCUGGCUGGAGCGCGAGAGCCGGCAUGGGCUCCACCCGGCCCACAACUGGUUCCUCAUCUCUAUGCAGUGGUGGCAGCAGUGGAAGGAGUACGUCAGAUAUGAUAAUAAGCCCAUAGUAGUGGAGCAGCCGGCUCUCGCGGGGGUGGGACGGGGCCCCCCGCCUGGCGCCGCCGGGGAGCCGCCCGCGGACAAGGCAGGAAUGGCCAGCUCCCACAGCUCCUCCGAGGACAAGUUCUGCGACAACGUUUCGAGCGCCUCAGAGGCUUCCGAGACCUCCAGCAGCAGUGUCAUUCCUUCAAGUGCUGCAGGGACGGAUGUAUGCUUUGCUCGACAGCACAAUGCUUCAGACAACAAUAACCAGUGCUUCCUGGGAGCAAAUGGAAACAUGUUAUCCCAGUUCACAGUACAGAAACCAGGAGCCAUCGAUAACCAGCCUCUGGUCACACAGGAGCCAUUAAAGGCUCCUACGCUCACGAUGGAAGGGGGGCGACUGAAACGCUCUCCGUAUCUCGUUCAAGACAGGGACUUUAAAACGGUGCCUGAACCAGUGUGGCGAGCACUCUAUCACUGGUAUGGAGCCAACCUUAGCUUACCAAGGCCGGUCAUCAAACAGGUGAAGACUGGCCAGGCAGAGCUGGAGCUUUUUCCUCGCUACCUCCUCUUUCUGCGGCAGCAGCCUGCAGCCCGGACGCCACAGUCAAACAUUUGGGUCAAUAUGGGUAUGACCAGCCUGAGAAUGUUUCCACAGCAUGUGCCCAGAGGUAACGUUCCCUCGCCGAACGCCCCCCUGAAGCGUGUCCUGGCAUACACUGGCUGCUUCAGCAGGAUGGCCACCAUCAAGGACAUCCACGAGUACCUGUCCCAGAGGCUGCGCAUCAAGGAGGAGGACAUGCGGCUCUGGCUGUACAACAGCGAGAAUUACCUGACUCUUCUUGAUGAUGAAGAUCACACUUUAGAAGGUUUGAAGAUUCAUGAUGAACAGCACUUAGUCAUUGAAGUUCGUAACAAAGACAUGAGCUGGCCAGAAGAGAUGUCCUUCAUAGCAAACAGCAGUAAAAUGGAUCGACACAAAGUUCCCACUGAAAAGGGGGCCACAGGUUUGAGUAAUCUGGGAAACACAUGCUUCAUGAACUCCAGCAUCCAGUGUGUGAGCAACACGAAGCCUUUAACACAGUACUUCAUCUCAGGGAGACAUCUCUACGAGCUCAAUCGGAUGAAUCCUAUUGGGAUGCGUGGCCAUAUGGCUAAAUGCUAUGGAGACCUGGUCCAGGAGCUGUGGAGUGGAACGCAAAAGAAUGUGGCUCCUCUCAAACUUAGGUGGACGAUAGCCAAAUACGCCCCACGGUUCAAUGGCUUUCAGCAGCAAGACUCUCAGGAGCUCCUGGCGUUCCUGCUGGACGGACUCCAUGAGGACCUGAACCGCGUCCAUGACAAGCCGUACGUGGAGCUGAAGGACAGCGACGGGCGGCCGGACUGGGAGGUGGCCUCCGAGGCUUGGGAGAACCACCUGAGGAGAAACAAGUCCAUAGUGGUGGACUUGUUCCACGGGCAGCUGAAGUCGCAGGUCAAGUGCAAAACAUGUGGGCACAUCAGCGCACGCUUCGACCCUUUCAAUUUCCUGUCUCUGCCCCUUCCCAUGGACAGCUACAUGCACUUAGAAAUAACUGUCAUCAAGUUGGACGGUUCCACCCCGGUUCGGUAUGGCCUACGCCUGAAUAUGGAUGAGAAGUACACGGGUUUGAAGAAACAGCUCAGUGAGCUCUGCGUCCUGAAACCUGACCAGAUCCUCCUGGCAGAGGUCCACGCUUCCAACAUUAAGAAUUUCCCGCUGGACAACCAAAAAGUGCGUCUCUCUGUGAGUGGAUUUCUCUGCGCCUUUGAGAUUCCAGUCCCAGGAUCACCUACAUCCAUUUCUUCUCCCUCAUCGAUAGAGGUUGCACCUUUGGCUAACGGAAUACCUGCCAUGGCCUCCAAUGGGAAUUCCCUCAUUCCCAAUGGAAUGCCGAGCACUGUGGUGCCCUGUGGGACAGAGAAAACACUCGCCAAUGGAGUUCCCAACGGACAUGUGGUGCCUCUUCAAGACAGCCCCUUUACUGGAUACAUUAUUGCUAUUCACAGGAAAAUGAUGCGGACAGAGCUGUACUUCCUCUCCUCUCAGAAGAACCGGCCCAGCUUGUUCGGGAUGCCCCUGAUCGUCCCGUGCACAGUGCACACCAGGAAGAGGGAUCUGUAUGACGCUGUUUGGAUCCAGGUGUCCCGUCUGGCCAGCCCUCUGCCCCCACAGGAGGCCAGUAACCAUGCCCAGGACUGUGACGACAGCAUGGGCUACCAGUAUCCCUUCACACUCCGUGUGGUCCAGAAGGAUGGAAACUCCUGUGCACGGUGUCCCUGGUACAGGUUCUGCAGAGGCUGUACAAUAGACUGCAAUGAGGAAAGGGCUUCAGUUGGAAAUGCAUACAUUGCUGUAGACUGGGACCCCACUGCACUGCACCUUCGCUACCAGACUUCCCAAGAAAGGGUGGUGGAGGAGCACGAGAGCGUGGAGCUCAGUCGGCGGGCCCAGGCCGAGCCCAUCAGCCUGGACAGCUGCCUGCGCGCCUUCACCAGCGAGGAGGAGCUGGGCGAGGACGAGAUGUACUACUGCUCCAAGUGCAAGACCCACCGCCUGGCCACCAAGAAGCUUGACCUCUGGAGGCUGCCCCCCGUCCUGAUAAUCCACCUGAAACGCUUCCAGUUUGUCAAUGGCCGCUGGAUCAAGUCGCAGAAGAUCGUGAAGUUCCCCCGCGAGAGGUUCGAUCCCAGCGCCUUCCUGGUGCCCCGGGACGCGGGCGCGUGCCAGCGAGGGCGGGAGGAGUGCCAGGGGGAGGAGCCGGCGGAGACGCGGGGCGCGGAGGUGGGCGUGGCGCAGACGGCCGGGAGUGGGGACGCCGGCACGGCCGCCCCCGGCACUGCAGUGACGCACAGUAUUAAAGCCUCUCCUGGGCCUGGGAGGAAGAGCACUAACCCCUUAAGCAGGAACAGCAGCCCCUGCAACAGUCCCAAAACCCCAGGGAAGAACAAGGGACGCCUGAGGCUCCCCCAGCUGGGCAGCAGGCACAAGCUGUCAAACAGCAAGGAGAACCUGGACAGCUGCAGAGAGGGCUCCGGCGAGCUGGACCAGGGACCCGCGGCGGACCUGGAGGCCAGCAGCGGGGUGGGGGUGGCAGAGGGGAACGGGCAGGACGUCUGGCCUGGGGAGGCGCCAGGCAGGGACUGCGAGGCGGUCAUGGUGAACGGACUCGGACUCGGACACGAGCCUGGCCAGAGCAAUGGCCACGCAGAAACCAUCAUGGACUCGGAGAGCUUUCACCACCAAAGAGAUGAAAUCUGCUUGAAGCCUGUCUACAAUUUAUAUGCAAUUUCAUGCCAUUCAGGAAUCCUGGGAGGAGGCCACUAUGUGACAUAUGCCAAAAACCCCAAUGAAAAGUGGUACUGUUACAAUGACAGCAGCUGUAAGGAGGUGCAUUCUGAAGAGAUUGACACAGACUCUGCCUACAUCCUCUUCUAUGAGCAGGAGGGAGUAGAUUAUUCGCAGUUCCUGCCGAAGAUUGAUGGGAAAAAGAUGGCGGACACCAGCAGCAUGGACGAAGAUUUCGAGUCCGACUACAAGAAGUACUGUGUUCUCCAGUGACCCUGUGUGCUUCCACUAAAGACAUUCUGGUAACUCGUGAACAUGGUCGCGCUCGGAAAGAAAGGAAGGGGAAAAACAACCUUGCGAAGCCGGCAGGUGGAAAUUAGAUGGAGUCAUCCCUUGAUUAAGAAGCACAAAAUGGCGUUAUUUUAAGUAGUCAUCAAAUACAGAACUUCUUCAUAGAUGGUUGCUUUUUUUUUUAAUUGUGGUACUUUCCAGUUAUUUCAGGUGUGUAAUUUAUAUAAAAAAAGUCCUGUAUUGCCAUUUGCCAAGUGAACAAAUGUGUCCUGCUUAAGCACUAACUGGAAUGCAGUGAGUGUAAAUGGGAAAUCCAGCGCCCUCUAUGGAUUGGAGGAAGAAUUUCCAUUACACUGAACUACAGCUACUCCUAAUUAAAAAGAAAUCCAAUGUUGAUUGAAAGGCUUAAAGGGUUUUCAAUAUUUUCGUGAUAGUAGAAAACCUCAUAUGCUACCUCAGUUUUUUUGCAGUGUAUUGGCUAAUUGUAACAGUAAUACUUUUUCAAACUUUGGGGCUUAAAUAUAGGGGAUAGUGUAAACUAUCUAACUUUUCUUACUGCUCCUAUAUGUUUUGGAAAAGCGUACCCACUUGCAUUUGAAAUCAACUUGCGCACUUUCCCCUUGUAAAAUAUAAAGUCUAAAUUAUAUGAGGUUAUGGAAAAAAACUGUUCCCUCACAAGCAUAACCUGAAGAAUGAUACAUUUUCCAGAUUUUAACAAAGCAACUGCCAAAACUAGGUUUUGUGCUUAAAUUAAUUAGAGGUGUAUUUAAGACGUAUUUAGUGAAUUGGGUGCUCCAUCUUUUUAACUUGCAAGUCUGAAUGAAAAUAUAUUGGUUUAUUUACAGGAUCUGUGCCAUAUAUUUCAAAGAGUCUUAGCCACUUUAAUUUUAUAUAUAUAUAUUAAUUUGUGAAGUGUUUUGUAGCGAUUUAUUUUUAUGAAAGCCUACCAUUUUUCUUUUUUAAUGACCACAUUAUAUCUCUACAUGUCCUAGCUUCAGGAAUUUCACAGUCCCAAUGGUUUUGCUUGUGUGCUCCAUUUCAAUUUUUUAUUUUAAGUUUAAGUGUUAAAUACAGCUGCACUCUUAUCUCUUAACUCAUAACUUUUAAGAUUUAAUUUUUUUCUUUCACUUUCGUGCUUGGCAUUUUCCAAAUGAUGAAAGGGUCUUUAAAAAAAAAAACAGUGUGACAAUUUUUCUGGUUAGAAGUGCUGAUUAGCGUUUUGGAGAGA